AUGUCUUGGAAGAAAACGCUUCAAGAGUACAAAGAAAAGAUCAUAAUAGUUGUUACUCCGCUGCUGCUUCUACCUCUCCUCUUCCACCCAGGAACACCGGAGAGCAAGUGUCUCUUCGUCGUGCUGUUGAUGGCCAUAUACUGGUUGUUUGAAGUUUUACCUCUGGCCGUUACCGCGCUGAUGCCCAUAGCGCUGUACCCGAUGCUUGGUGUUCUGCCAGCUGAUCAAACGUGCAAAAGUUACAUGCCGGAUGUGAAUUUUUUGUCCUUCGGCGGUCUCGUCGUAGCUCUUGCUAUUGAGAAGUGCAACUUACACCAAAGAAUCGCACUGCGGGUUCUCACCUGGGUUGGAGCGAAGGAGAAUUCGAUUUUGCUCGGUUUCAUGUGCAUCACCGGUUUUCUAAGUAUGUGGAUGAACAAUGCCGCGGCAACGGCGAUGAUGCUGCCAAUCGUUCAGUCUGUGAUCCGAGAAUGGAAAAGUGGGUCCGAAGAAAAUGAGCACGGUAAGUGAAA